AAUUCAUUUUUACUGGCAUUUUGUUUUAAAUUACUAUGAAGAUUGCACAACAUUUGGGAUAAAUAGAAAAAUAAUGAGUUAAAUUCUGUUACUGUGAGAGUAUUUUGACUGACACCACAGAUCCUUUCUGUCAAGCUACAAGAAAUUCAUUUUUUAAGAAAUGGAAUCUAGCUCAUCAGACUACUGUAAUAAAGACCAUGAAGAAGAAAGUUUGCUUGCAAAUGUUGCUUCCUUAAGACAUGAACUGAAGAUAACAGAAUGGAGUUUGCAGAGUUUAGGGAAAGAGUUAUCCAGUGUUAGUCCAAGUGAAAAUUCCGAUUAUACCUCUAAUCUCUCAAGGUCUGAAAAACUCAUUCUGGAAGAUCUUUCUCAGCCUAACCAGCGUAUACUUUUGAAUCACACACCUUAUAAAAACAUUUAUAAAAUGUCCAGUGGCGGUACUGAUUUUCAGAAAAAGCCAAGAGAUAAGAUGCUUUUUUCUUCAACCUGCAUGGAUCAGGAGAUCAAAAGUCUUCGAGAGAAACUUAACAAACUUAGACAACAGAAUGCUUGUUUGGUCUCGCAGAAUCAUUCUUUAAUGACUAAAAUGGAAUCCAUCCACUUUGAAUUAACACAGUCAAGAGCAAAAGUGUCUAUACUUGAAUCUGUUCAACAACAGGCAGCCAGUGUGCCUAUCUUGGAAGAACAGAUUAUAAAUUUGGAGGCCGAAGUUUUAGCCCAAGAUAAAGUUUUGAGAGAGGCAGAAGGUAAAUUAGAACAGAGCCAGAAAAUGGUGAUUGAAAAGGAACAGAGUUUGCAGAAGUCUCAACAGGAAUGUAUAAAGUUAAAGGUGGACUUACUUGAACAAAGUAAACAAGGAAAGAGAGCUGAACGACAAAGGAAUGAAGCACUAUAUAAUGCUGAAGAGCUGAGUAAAGCUUUCCAACAUUAUAAAGAAAAAGUGGCCGAAAAACUGGAAAAGGUUCAAGUUGAAGAAGAAAUAUUAGAGAAAAAUCUAAUUAGCUGUGAAAAAGAAAAUAAAAGGCUGCAGGAAAAGUGUGGUCUAUAUAAAAGUGACCUUGAAAUUCUGAAAGAGAAAUUAAGGCAGUUAAUAGAAGAAAAUAACAAUGGGAAAGAAAAAUUAAGGACCAUGGCAGUGAAAAAUUCAGAAGUUAUGGCACAACUAACUGAAUCUAAACAAAGUAUUCUGAAGCUAGAGAGUGAGUUAGAGGACAAAGAGGAAGUACUUAGAGAAAAAUUUUCUCUAAUGAAUGAAAACCGAGAAUUAAAGGUUCGCGUUGCAGCACAGAAUGAGCGACUGGAUUUGUGUCAGCAAGAAAUAGAGAGUUCAAGGGUGGAACUGAGAAGUCUGGAAAAGGUUAUGUCCCAGUUGCCAUUGAAAAGAGAAAUGUUUGGUUUUAAAUCAUCUCUUUCGAAACACCAGAUGAGUAGUUUGUCAAACAAGGAAGGCAACUACAUUCGCUGCUGUGAGGCAAAUAAAAUGUUGAUUUCAGAAUUGAGGAUUAAGCUUGCAAUAAAGGAGGCAGAAAUUCAAAAGCUUCAGGCAAACCUGGCCGCGAAUCAGUUAUCUCAGAAUCUUAUUGCUUGUAAUAACAAACAAGAAAGUGGCAAAUUAAAUAGUGUAGAGAUGGAACCAGUAGAACUAGGAGGUAGUCAAUUAGCAGAAAGAAUAAAAGACCAAAAUCAGCAUUCUGUGAGCAAGCAAUAUGAAAGAGAAAGGCAACGACUUGCUUCUGGAAUAGAAGAACUACGGACUAAGUUGAUGCAAAUAGAAGCUGAGAAUUCCGAUUUGAAGGUUAACAUGGCCCACAGAACGAGUCAGUUUCAGCUGAUACAAGAGGAGCUGCUGGAGAAAGCUUCAAACUCUAGCAAACUUGAAAGUGAAAUGACAAAGAAAUGUUCUCAACUUUUAACUCUAGAGAAACAGCUGGAAGAAAAAAUAGUCGCUUAUUCCUCUAUUGCUGCAAAAAAUGCAGAACUAGAACAGGAACUUAUGGAAAAGAAUGAAAAGAUAAGAAGUCUAGAAACCAAUAUCAAUACAGAGCAUGAGAAAAUUUGUUUAGCUUUUGAAAAGGCCAAGAAAAUUCAUCUUGAACAGCAUAAAGAAAUGGAAAAGCAAAUUGAAAGGCUUGAAUCUCAACUAGAGAAAAAAGACCAACAAUUUAAAGAACAGGAAAAGACUAUGUCCAUUUUGCAGCAAGAUAUAAUAUGUAAACAACAUCAUCUUGAAUCACUAGACAGACUUCUGACAGAAAGCAAAGGGGAAAUGGAAAAGGAAAACAUUAAGAAAGAUGAAGCUUUGAGAGCAUUACAGAACCAAGUAUCUGAAGAAACAAUCAAGGUAUACUGUUUACAAAAAGAACUAAAGAUUAAAAAUCACAGUCUUCAAGAGACUGCUGAGCAGAAUGUAAUUCUACAGCAUACUCUUCAGCAGCAGCAGCAAAUGUUACAACAAGAGACAAUUAGAAAUGGAGAGCUAGAAGACAUUCAAACUAAACUUGAAAAACAGGUAUCAAAAUUGGAACAAGAGCUUCAAAAACAAAAGGAAAGUUCAGCUGAAAAGUUGAGGAAAAUGGAGGAGAAAUGUGAAGCAGCCACACAUGAAGCUGAUUUAAAAAGGCAAAAAGUUAUUGAACUUACUGGUACUGCCAGGCAAGUAAAACUUGAGAUGAAUCAGUAUAAAGAAGAACUGUGUAAAAUGGAAAAAGAAAUAAUGUACCUAAAACGAGAUGGAGAAAAUAAAACAAUGCAUCUCUCACAGUUAGACAUGAUCUUAGAACAGACAAAGACAGAACUAGAUAAGAAGACAAAUUCUGUGAAGGAGCUAGAAAAAUUACAGCACCACACUGAAACUGAACUAACAGAGGCUUUGCAGAAACAGGAAGCAUUAGAGUCUGAAUUACAAAAUGCUCAUGGAGAAUUAAAAAGCACUUUAAGACAACUUCAGGAAUUGAGAGAUGUACUACAGAAGGCUCAAUUAUCAUUAGAGGAGAAAUAUACUACUAUAAAGGAUCUCACAGCUGAACUUAGAGAAUGCAGAAUGGAGAUUGAAGAUAAAAAGCAACAACUCCUUGAAAUGGACCAGGCACUUAAGGAGAGAAAUUGGGAACUAAAACAAAGAGCAGCUCAAGUUACACAUUUGGAUAUGACUAUUCGUGAGCACAGGGGAGAAAUGGAACAGAAAAUAAUUAAAUUAGAAGGUACCCUCGAGAAAUCAGAAUUGGAACUUAAAGAAUGCAACAAACAGAUAGAAAGUUUGAAUGAAAAAUUGCAAAAUGCCAAAGAACGCCUUCGUGAAAAGGAGUUUAUAACGCUGCAAAAUGAACAGGAGAUAAGUCAACUGAAAAAAGAAAAUGAACGGAUCCAACAAAAGAUGAAAGAAAUGGAAAGUGCUGUGAAAGAGCAGGAACAGUACAUUGCAACUCAGUACAAGGAUGCCAUAGAUUUGCAACAAGAAUUGAGGUUAACUCAGGAGCAGAUGCAGAAUUCUCAUGCAGAAUUGGUGGAGGCUCAUCGUCAACAAGUCCAAGCAGAGAGAGAAAUAGAAAGGCUCUCAAGUGAACUGGAGGAAAUAAAACAACUCUCUAAAGAAUCAGAAUUAACCAGAUUACAAGCCAAAAUUUCUGGACAUGAAAGGGCAGGAGACAUCAAGUUUCUACCAACCCUGCUUACACCUGCAACAGAAAUUAUGCCUGCCAUUCAAGAUCCAAAAUUUGCCAAACAUGCUCAUGCAGCUUUUUUCAAGUGUAGAAAACUGCGUCGCUCAAUUAGUGCCAGCUGUGAGGCUCUUCCAUGA